AUGAAAUUCCUCGUAGUUCUUGCUUUCUUCGCAGUUGUUGCUAUUGCAGCAGCACAUGGUCCACAACAACACCAUGGACAACAUCAAGGACCACACCAUGGUCAUGGUCCUAAGCCAGGUCAAGGACAACAUCCAGGACAAGGACAACAGCCAGGACAGGGUGGUCAGCAGCCAGGACAAGGUCAACAACCAGGUCAAGGACAACAGCCAGGUGAAGGUCAACAACCCGGACAAGGUGGUCAACAGCCAGGUGAAGGUCAACAACCAGGACAAGGAGAACAACAACCUGAAGCCGAACCAUCCCAAGAAUAA